ACUCUGUCAAUCAGCUGCUGUUCGUUUCUUUUGUGCAAAUCUGGAGUUUUUUGUUAUUUUUUGUUAUUAUUUUGCAAAUAAAACAAAAGACGGGGAUUUUUGCACAUAAAAAAUAUAAAUUUCAUAAUGUAGAUAUACAAACGACUAAAGAAAAUAAAAAUAAAACUUUAUUUGCACGUACAUACGUAUAUUUGAGUAAUUUAAGUAAAAAAAAAAAAGAACAGCAAAAAAAAUUUAAAUCAACAAUAUGGCGACUUUGGAGAAACCGAAAAAGAAUAAAUCUAAAAAAUCUAAAAUUAAAACAACUGUGUCUAAUGUGAAUAUUGAAGAAGACUCUGAUAAUGAAACAGGAAAUUGCGACGUUAACAAAGAAAUACCAACUACUUCUGCAGAUGCUUGCAGUGAGGUCACAAAGCCAACAAACUCUAGUAUAGAUAAUAUAAAUGAUUUGGUGGCAUCGACGUCGGCCACUAGAGAUAAUAUAGUGACUCAAGAAUGUUUUAUAGCCUCCGGCUAUAAAGAUGACGAAUCUGCACCGGGUGAUAAGGAAACAAAAGAGACUAAUGAACAAGCUCAACAAGAAGUUACCACACCCACAGCCCCACCUUGCUUGGUAGAUAGACCAGCAACAUCAACUUUAAGUUCUCCCACGUUGGUCCAAUAUCCUCAAAUUCAACGAUUUCAAUAUGAUGAAACUGACCCGGCCCCGGUUGUCUACAGUCCAACCAAAUUACGUACUUCUGCUUUUCGUUUAUCGGCCUCAAAACUUCAGCCCCUUACACAGGAGCAACUUUAUCAAUAUUAUUAUUGUCCUGACCUCACCGUAGCGCAACAAUUCGAAAUGGAAUUUCUUAUGAAUUCCCUAUUGGAGACCUAUGAAAAUGAGCCCUUGCAUGCAGCUCUGCAGGAGUACUAUCACAUGCAAAGUAAAAUAACAAUGAAUUUACAUGAUGUCAAGAAAUUUCGCAAAGAAGCCGGUGCUGCACAAGAGCAUAUAUGGGUGGAGGUACCCAUUACUAAGACAUUUUCAGAAAAAUGUGGUGAUAAAAUAGAGGUUAAGGAGUCUGUUACAUACAAUAUUAUACAAGUUGAUGGUAAAAAUUUGGAAGCUGCCACUUCUGCUUUAACUGUUUUAUUUGAUAUUAUAUCAAAUACCUAUACCAGUAACUUAAUAACAACAAAAAUCAUUAAAAUUAAGAUCGAUCAAAUGAUAGAUGAAUUAAUCUAUUGCCCUUUAAAAGAUUUUGAAGAACCUCUUAAAUUACAAACCCAACUAGAUAGUAAUCUAUUGGCAAUUAUUGCACAAAUACGCAGAGCAUUAAGUAUACUCUUCCAUUUCGCAAGAAAAUUAUCACCCAAUAAGGAUUUCGCUAAAGAUUUGAAAUGCUGGUUUAAAAAACUAAUAUCAUUACAUUUACGUUUGGCCACCAAAGAAGAUCAUUGGUUUUUAUUAUUCAACAUCUUACGUUGUCCCAGUGGUGUGGGUGCUUGGGCCAGUGAAUUUAUACAAAUUCCCUGUAAUCAACAAAUACCUAUUAACUCAGGCAAACAUACCAAUGAACUACCACUGCAAUUAAAUUCACCAGAAAUAAAUCAUUGUAUGUCCGUGUUACAGGUGCUAUUAAUGCCCAUAAAGAAACGUAAUGAAUAUUUGAAACAGUUUACACAAUCUCAAAAGGAAAUAACGGAUCCGGUAACGGAGGAACGUUGGAUUUUGGUGGAUUCAGAUGGGGAGGAUAGUCAUACACCUGCCGGUGACUGCGUGGGUUUAAAAGAAAGUGAUUUAAUUGCAUUACUUAAUCAAGUUCCUUUUGAGGAAUUAUUUAGAUCUGCUUUAACUAUAGAAAAAUUCCUAGAUGAUUAUAUUGUGGAAACUGAUUUUAUUACUGCUGAAAAAAUGCUACAAGUGUUGGCCUUCUUUUCCCAACUAUUGACACUUUUUGGUGAAGGCAUGUUGACCUAUAACAAUGAACGUUACAAACAGUUAGCUAAACGUUUAGGUCGCUUAAUGAGACAUUCUCUACAAUAUGUUUCCGAUUAUCAUGAACUGUUUCGGCAAAAUAAUAUAUCAAAAGAUUUGAUAGUUAGUGAACGUAUUGCUUUGGAAAACAAUAGUUUGCUUUUGAAAGCUUGCAGCUAUAUUUAUCGUACGCGCAACUUGGCCACUUGGCAGUAUUUCUCCUCUUUGCCCUUUUCAUCUAUGGAUGCGGAUACAAUUUGGCAAAUAUUUUAUUAUUUAAAUGUGGGAUUUCCAACAAAUCUAACAAUACCAGAAGAAGACUACAUGGAUCUUUUAAAUGCCUCCGAUUUUUGGGCUAAAUUUAAUAUAGCCAAUGCUGACUCAUCUGACGAGGAUUUGUAUUAUCUACUUCAAGCUUUCUUUGAAAUGGCCAACGAUAGAGAUAAAAAUAAAGAUUGGGAUUUAAUUAAAACUAUAUGUUUACAUAUAUUCAAUAUUGGUUUCAUUAAUAAUGAUACCCGUGAUAUAUGCUACAAGACUGCCCGAGAUAUGUUGGUCAAUUUAACUUUAGCUUAUGAAGAUUUAAUGUCCUGUUUGUUGACUCAAUUAAAGACACGCUUUGAUGAGUGUGAAAAUGUUAAAUAUUUAUUCAAAUCGCUACCACUCGAAAAUUGGAAACCCAAUAUGGAUAGUUUUGAAAUACUCUCCACUUGGCUGUUGCAUUUUGAUUUUAGAACUUCACAGAAUAUGUUGGCACGCCUUAUUAUAAGUCAUUUAAAUUGGUCAUUUGAUUGUGAUGGUCGUUUGUUUUUACCACACAACAUACACGUGCGCAUGGCCUGUCUCAUCUCUGAAGCUUUGACCAAACACGCUCCUGAGGUCUUGGGACUAUCGGGUAUUUCGGAAAGUGUGCGUCAGGUUUCAAGUCUUAUAGAUUUUAGUCAAUCAACAAAGGAACAAUUUUGUACUUGGUGUUGGAGUAUUGUGUCCAUAUUACGUUUACAUAUAAUGGAUCAAAGUGUUGAACAGGUUAAGCUUACUUUACGUAAUCCCGCAGAAGCUCUAAUGUUUGUUUCAGAAUUGGAACGUAUAGACUUGAUAUAUCAGGGAGUUACUGAAAACCGACCUUUAGCUUUGUAUGUUGCAAUAUUAGUGUCAUCACAUGGUCAUUCGAUACCUUUGAUAUGUCAGAAGGGUUUUGAAUUAAUGCAACGUUUGUUAAGUGACCAUAGACAUGCUGCGGUUAUCAGAUGUUUAGAGCUGAUUGUGCCUCUAUUCUUAGAAACACCAGAAACCUUGGGGAAUUCUGAGGGUUUCCAUGCUAUCUUAAACACUUUAUUAAACGCUGAUAAAACCUACUUAAAAAUGGCUAAAGAUAUGGUUUAUCCCAAUACAAUUGGACCAGUUUUAGAGCUAUUGGAUAAUAUGAUACAUCAUCAAAUUACAUCGUAUACUGAUUAUGGCCUUUCAUCACCUUUAAAUCUUAUCAACAUUUGGCUACAUUGCCUAACAGCUUUGCCCAAUUGGCAAAAUACUUAUGUUGUCUAUCUGUUGGAUAAAAUCCUUAGAGUUGCCUAUCAAUUUUCCGAUGCUCAUAUGCAAUGUAUAGAAUUUUUCCAUAACUACUAUAGAGAUUGCACCGAUUGGAAGGGCGUCAAUAAAAUGUCUACACUUAAAGGUUUCUUUGGCGGUAAUCAAUCAAAGGUGCCUGCUAUAUCCCCCUACCAUCCUUGGUUGGCCUUGGUUUUGCUGGAAAUUGAAUACAAGACACAAGAUUCUUAUAUAUGGACGGAAUUAUUACGACAACUAAAUGCGGCGGGCACAAAACCAAAUGUGGAUGCUGUUCUAAAGAAAACUUUAAAUUUAGCGAAAAAACCAAUAUACCCAGCACAAAUGUUGGUAAUUUACAAAUAUGCUAAUCUAAUAGCGAAUAUGGAUAUAAAUCAUGCUCUCUUUCCCAUAAUCAAUCAAAAGUUUUUCGAAUUGUAUUUAUCGCGUAUACCUUUACACUAUGAUGAACACAGUUUCCAACAAGUAUUUGGUGUUUCAGACAAAUUCUAUGAUUUUAAUGUAACAGUAAUGAAAAAAAUUAAAACACAACUUAAGGCAGCUGAAGUUCUGUAUGAAAAUGAAGCUAAAAAGCAUGCUCAGGAUGAUGGUCUCAGUUAUUGUCAUAGAAAUUGUGCUAAAAUAAUGAAAACAUAUGCCUUAUGGCUAGAAGAUACCGGCAUGAAUAAAAUGUCUAAAGAACAAACUAAUUAUCCACCACAAUAUAAUAAUGAAAAACUUAAGGAAAUUCUUAAUGGCAAUACAAAUCACUGGACAGAGUUCUUGUAUCUACCCUCCAUACGCAAAGAACAACGCCAUCAAUCCGAUCAAUGGGCUCGCAAAUGUUAUCGUUUAAAAUCCAAUACAAAUGUGCGUUCUCCUUUGCAACCAAAAGCAAAAGUUACUCCUAUACAACGUAUUAAGUCACAUUUAAGUUCUUACGAUUCUCGUUUACCGCCUCCACAAUAUGUUAAGCCUAGUUUGUUUGUGCAACAGGAAAUAACCCAACAUUCCCUGAAGGAAUUGAAAGAAAAGCUAAGAGUUUUAACCGGUACAGCAACUAAAUUUCACUUUAAAACAUCUGAGCUGAACGCUAUUAAUCGUAACUAUAUGGACAAUAUUAUACAUCUAUAUAAAAUGGUGCCUUAUGAAGAAAUUAAAAUAAAAAGUUGCAACUCCCUACUGUUCAAUCGUCAGUGUUCCAAUCCAGCUAGAAUAAUAACAACUUUAGAAAUGAUACGUAAAGAUGAACAAGUACAGGAGAAAAUCUCCACAUAUAGAGAACGACAUGACAAAAUCGUUGAUGAAAUGUUAAAUGAAAAUGUAGAAGAAUUUGCCAAAUGUGUAGGACAAAUUGGUCAAAUUGUACGUUUGUUAUUGAUUAAAACUAAUAAUGAUCCAAAUGAUGUUAUGAAUCAAUUAAAGUCGAAUACAGGCAUAGAGUAUUUCUAUCAUGUCAUUGAAAAUAUGUCGGAUAUAACAAUGAAAUUUAAUGCUACGAACAAAUUUUACACAGAAUUGUUGAAUGAUUUGGGGGUGUUUAUACAACAAAACCAAGAAAGUGAAGGUUUAAAAAUAUUAGAGUUGGCUUUAAAAAGACCGAAUUUGAUUAAACCACUGUCUGGUGUAUUUGUGCCCAGUCAAACGCGUCCUCCACAUUUCCUAAAAAUGUAUAAAUAUCUUAUCGAUUCCCAUUUGAAGCUCUGUGCUACCAAUAUUCUAUUUGUUUUAUUUUCCAAGUUUGAUUUAAUUUUAUGGCUGGAAUCCUAUCAUCCCAAAUUAUUCGAUAUAAAUAAUCUAUUACAAUUGGUUUUGCAAGGUCUAGAGUCUUGGUCUCAGCCCUCUUCGUCUCUUUUGCAAGAUCAAUUUCGUCGUCAUUUGGUUCAUAUAUUCGAUUAUGAUUUCCCCGAACAUUAUGGUGAAGUUAUGCAAAUGGUUCUUGAUCGUAUAUCGGAUCAGAAACUAAUGCCGAUAGUACUAUUAGAUCUACUUAAUGCAUUGCUCAUUAAAUUCAAUUGUGAACAAAUCAAUUUGAAAACCAGCCAAGAGAAAUUAGAAGAAAUUUCAAUGGAUUUCGCUAGAAGACAAAAUCUUUUUAAUCUAAAAGCCUCUACAGAUACUGUCAUGUUAUUUGCUCGUCACUUUCAAAAAGAGCGUUUAAGUCAUGGUCUACAUGGUUUAUAUCCUAAACACAAAGACUAUUGCAAACCUUUGGCUAUGUGGUUUUCUUGCUUUGGUCACUGUCUGUUAGUGACCGCCAUUUGUACCUAUCAAGAAUUGUUGGCCGAUCAAAUUUGUGAUUUAGUAUUUGGUUCCAUAAUUGAAAUGUAUUCACCUUGGCUUAUUACUUAUACCGAACAAACUAUACAACAAUCUUCGGCCAAUUGGAUACGUCAGCUGUUUAAUAGUGUUGAAGGCAAAAUGUUAUAUCCUUGGAGUGAACAACAUGCUGGGUCUAGUAGAAUAAUUAUUAAAAAUUUCAUUAGAACUUUAAUAUUUAUUUUGGAAAAUUUACCCAUUUCCCAUAAAAUUCUGGCCCAUACCUUUAGUUGGUACAUACAUCAUUUUACAGUUCCCAAUAUAGAGUAUUUUGUCUAUGGACCCAUACAUGAGGGUAUUGCUGAAUUGCCUUGGGAACUAUUUAAACCCCAAGUGGAAUAUAUCGAUAUGUUAUACGACAGUUUACAAAAGUUCAUUCCUGAAUCCCAUGCCAUGUUGGGACACAUUUUUAUACGCAUUAAUUGGAAUGAAUGGUUUUCCGAAACACUGCCUACAAUAUCCAUACAACAACGUACAACAGUAGUCUCUCGUUUAUUUACAAUUUUCAUUAAAAUUGCCUUUGAACCCAAUAUACACAUACAAGUGAAUACAAGUAAAAUACUCGAAGAUGCUAUUAAUUAUCCUUGGUAUAUGGUGGAAUAUACAGAAUUGGAGAACCUAUUGAAAUGGUUUGUGACCACAGUGGAACCUGCAAUUAUACUUAAGAUACCAACUGAAACCAAUUAUGUCGAUAGAGCAGUUUUAGAUUUAAUACGUUUGGCUUGUGCUAUGAUGCCAGAACGUGGUGAUCAAACUAAAAAUAUAUCUAAUGCUACGGCCAAACGCAUUUUGUAUACAAGAUCUAUGAUACGUUUGCAAAGGGCUUGCGCUACUAAAAAUCCCAAACUCUUGGCUACUAAAGAAGGAUAUCGGGUAUUCAAAAAUGCUUUUGAGGAAUUAUUAAAUACAUUAGAUCAGUCUUUGUAUGCGCUGGCUGCUACCAAAUCCCAUGAGGAGCAAAGACGCGAGGCCUUAAAUGUAAUGCUGGAAAUUAUAUUACCCAUGCAAACACAAAGUGAAGAAACAUCAAAUUUACACAUUGAAUGUAUGGUAAAAUGGCAGGAGUUAAAUGCUAAACCUGGCAAUAUAUUAAUGUGUAGUAUUUUAAGUGCCAUUGGUCACAUGAAAGCUUUUAUAGGCGGCACUUAUACUUUGCUGGAAACAAGCAUAGCUUUCUAUUUUCGUUCUUCGCAGGAGAGUUUAGAUUGGCAUACACCCUCUUGGGUAAAUCUGUUGCAGUUAUUGCAAAUGUCCUUGGAGAAACUGGAACUAAUGCCCAUAAUGAGAAAUUCUUCCAUGUUUACUUUACAUGUUUUCAUUCUAUAUAAAAUGGAAAAAAUGCCAACAGUUGGCGAUCGAAUAACAUUCCUACAAGAUCUUAGUCAAUUGGUGGAAAGUUUAAAGACUGAACCUUCUAGUGAACCAGUUUUGGCCGUAGUUUGGGGUGCUAUGAUAUCAUGGGGCUGUAGAAUUAUCUUACAAGAACCUCAUAAUGCUAGAAAACCGUUAAUAAUGUUGGCUCGACACCUACAAAUAAUAUCAACACAAGCUGAAAGUUGGGGUGAUGGUAUAUUAGGAGCUAUAGGUUUUAAAAAGGAUGUGGUGACUAAUAAACGUAAAGUUCUUACACGUUGUCUAGCCAUUGUGAUACUUUCUUUGUUCCCCUAUAAAAGCCAUAACGGUGAUAGAGUUGUACCCAGCGAGGAUCAUUCCUCUUCUAUGCGAGAAUUAUCAAUGCUAUUGGCUAAUAAGAAAUUCAUCGAUGUUAAGCCUUUAAUUGUUCAAUCUAUAGGCAUUUUAAAUGAAAAUCCUAUGCCUCAACUAAGUGAUGUCUCUCAUUUGGUUUGUCGUAUUAUAUCAUUAUUUUAUAAUAAUGUUUUUUUAACUACGGUACCAGAAGUUUGGGAAAUGGACUUUAAAAUCCCUAGUACAUAAAAGUGCUUUGUGUUAAUUAUUUACUUUUUUUAAUAAUAUUCAUCAUACAUAUUUUUUCGAGAGUCUGGUUAUUUUUUAUAUACAUUUUUUUUGUAAACAUAAUUACACAAUACAUAUUUGCAUUAUUAUAAUCGAAAAAAGUAAGUAAACAAUUUGUUACUUUAAUCCAUCUUUUUUAAUAUGCUUAUUUGUUCUUAAAGAAUUAAAAAAUUAUAUUAUAAUAUUUUUGAAAUAUUAA